AUAAAGUGGGUAAAAAGUUAUGUUAUGUACGCUAUUUAGUUCUCGAAAAGUCCACGGAGGAAUAAUGGAAUAAUUCUACAAUAAUUUUAAAAUAAACUUUCAGGGAAAGUAGCUUUUCGAGGAAAAAAGUAUAUAAAAAUUUUCGUGUAAAAUUAUAGAAAAUGUUAGGAGAGACGACUGUGGUGACUCUCCAACUUGAAAUUGAGAAUCAUCGUUAUUCCCUGGAGAAAGGAUGUUAUUUAAUUGGUAAGGACAGCCGAAAGGGAAGGUCUACUAAUUAUAUACAACUUACCAAUUGGCAUAUAGAUGCAAAGCAUUGUGUCUUGGAGGUAGACUCCAACGAAGAAAUUUUCAUCGUUGAUUUGGAAAGUGAUUCUGGGAUUUACGUAAAUAAUAAGCGGGUCGAUCCUCUAACUAAAGAACGCUUAAAAUUGGAUGAGGAUUUUGGUUUGGGUGAACAACUAAAGGCUAAAAUAAAAUUAAUUGAAAGAGAAGAGUCUCAUAAUAUCAAUCAUUUGGAAAGUAUAUCCGUUAUUAAAGACGUUACGCCAAGGCUCAUAGCAGAAGACGAGUGUGUUCAACAAUUUAAAUUGGAAAAUCGUAUCUCAAACGACAAUGAUGAUAGUGUUACCAUUCCAACAACUCGAAUUCAUCAGCCCAUCUCCACAUCUUCAGCAGCGCCUGCUACAAACAUUACCAACAGUAUAAAUCAAAAUUCACUUAAUGAAGAGGUUGGAGAUUUGCAUAUGCCAAAAAUUCAGAAAGUGAAAAUUGAAUAUCCAGAUUUCGGUGACUGUAACUUCGUUCAAUCAGUUCCAAUGACUAGCACUAUUAGGAUUGACGACGGAGAAAAUAAUUGUGUACAAUUAAUUAGUAAAAAAACAAAAAAAACCAAGGAAGGCGAAACGCUUUUCCCACAGGUAAAGAGCUCCUUACAACAAGUUGAGCGAACUCAGACAUCGUAUGGAACGAUCAGUUUUCAAGAUUGCGACCAAUAUUCGAUGCAAAAUAAUAAUAAAAGUAAGCAAGUAGCCAAAAAGGGACUUGGAAAAAAAGCUACAAAUAACGAGAACAGUAUAGACCAAAAUUCACCUAACAGAGACCAAGAGAUUGGAAAUUUUCAUACGUCAAAAAUUCAGGAAGUGAAAAAUGAAUAUCCAGAUUGCGGUGACUAUAACUUCGUACAAUCAGUUCCUAUGACUAGCACUGUUAGAAUUGGCAGGGAAGAAAAUUCGCUGCAAUCAAUUAGUAAAACAACAGAAAAGACCAAAUAUGUCGAAAUGCUUUUCCCACGUGUAAGGAGCGCCUCACAACAUGAUGAGCGAGCUCAGACGUCGCAGGCAAUGUCCAGUUUUCAAGGUUUCGACCAAUAUUCGACCCAAAAUAAUAAUAAAAUUAAAGAAAUAAGCAAAAAGGGACUUGGAAAUAAAAAAGUUGUCCUUGAACGUAAAAAGGAGUCAAACAAGAACACAUCCAACGAGGAGGUAGAAAGAUCCCAAGCAUUGGAUAGCACUGUAGCAAAAACUUCGAAAAACAGUAAUAUUGCUACAAGAAAUAUUGGAAUACAGGGAGCCACAAGUAAGCGUGCGACACGUUUGCACACACUGGAAUACGAACCAAGCUGCUUCAAUAACUUACCUGAAAAUAAUGAAGUGGAUAAAACUUUAACUAUACGCGUAACACGUUCGCAUACACGCAAAAAGGAAUCGAAUAAUAAUACAGAGCAAGAAAUGCCAGGUAGGCGUUUGACGCGUUCUUGUACGCAAGACGGGGAACGAACAAAGAAAAAGGAAAGAAAGACUUCGCUAACCCUUGUGCACUCUAUGGAAACUCGUACACGCCUUAAAAGCACCAAUCGUUCUUCGUGUUCCAAUGCCAAUAACGCCGAAAGUUCAGGAAAUGAGGUCAAACGCAAAGGUGGCGCCAACUUUAGUUCAAAGAAAUCUAAAUACGCAAAAAGAAAUGACUGUUGAAAACAGAAAUAUCCUUCUACCUAUUGUAAUUCCAUUUAGAGGAUGCCCACGGAAGUGUAAUGGAGGAUAGAAAUGUUUUUUAUAAAUUGUUACAAAGUGUCAAUAAUUUUAAAAGCGAAUCGCAUCGGAUUUCUUACAGAGACGGUAAAAAAUAUCAUCAUCGUCUCACGCGUCAAGAUAUUAAAUAACUUCACAAAUUUUCUUUCCUUAUUUAUAAAAGUUUUUAUUCCUAAAUAUUCUUAGUUUGUUAAUCUAAUUAUUUUCUUAGUUUGGAUUCAUUUUUAUUAUAUGCAGUAUUUUUCAAGUUUACUGGAAUUUUUUUUUAAUAACUUGAAGUUAUUGUCAAAAAUUUCUUGCGCAUAAAUUUAUGCAUCAAAGCUUUUUAAGUAGAUUAGUUUUAAAUUUUAUCGCAUAUUAACACCUCUUGUCUACAAAUGUAAUGACAAUCGUUAGUGAUAUUGAAAUGUUGCAAGAUUUAGUAUAAUAAAAAAUUGGUAUAAUUUUAAUGAAAAAUGCUAAUACUAUUGUAAAUUCAGCGAUCAAUAGCUUUCUGAAAACCAAAAUUGCCAAGAGCACAUUUCGUUUGUACGGUUUAAACAUGACUUUUUUUCUUGCGCAUAAAUUUAUGCAUCAAAGCUUUUUUUGUAGAUUAGUUUUAAAUUUUAUCGCAUAUUAACACCUCUUUUCUGCAAUUGUAACAACAACUAUUAGUGAUACUAAAAUGUUGUAAGAUUUAGUAUAAAAAAAAAUUGUUGUAAUUAUAAUGAAAAGUGUUAAUACUAUUAUAAAGUCAGCGAUCAACAGCUUUCUGAAAAGUGAAAGUGUCAACAGCACAUUUCGUUUGUACGUUUAAACAUGAUUUUUUUUUUGUCAACAUUCUUUAAAAAAAAAUGUAAUCCUGUAAAUUCUUUUAAUCAAAAUGUAAAACCUGUAUCAAUCUACGCUGUUCUAAGAAUGGUACGCGCGUUUAGAAACGUUUUCAUUGCUAUUCACUAUUGAAAAAGUAUCUCGCUAAUGAUUGUUUGCUAUGCGACUAUAUCUCUAAUUUUCACAACACUAAAGGUGACCUUCAUUGACCGAAUUUAUUAGAAAAAAAAAAAAAAAACCAAAAGAAAAAGCGUUAUUAAUUGCUGCACUAAUACUUUUUAUACAUUUCCACAUAUGUAUACAUUGGCAAAUACCAAUCUAUCAUUCCAAUACUUUUGUAUCCAGAGGUCAUGUAUAUAUUUAUUUUGUGAAAGGAAUGAGUUAAUAAAUAAAUAAAGCCAUGUCUGCCUUAGAAACUCUUUUGGCUUUUUGCAACCAAAAAGCUUUGUCAAGCUAUGAUAAACAAAAUGCUUAAACAUAUGUUAAUACAAAAUCAAACUUUUUAUCAAUGAUAGUUUUUCGAUGUGCUUAAUUUAAUGUUCUGGUUCAAAGCACAUAAAAAAUAUCUGUAAUUCCCUUAGAGGAUCUUAACAGUAAAUGAUUAUUUUAUUUGCUAAAUUUUGUUUAUAUAGAUGUUAAAAAAUUUAUAUUGUAUGGAUUGGCACACAGUUCUAUCUGUUCAGAUACUUAAACUAGGGCAUCACUAUAAUAUUUAGAAAAUUUGUGCUCUCAUAGAGCAGCUGCUUAUUAAAAUUAAACUAUUUACUUAUAUGCUAGGAUUGUGUGUGUUUGAUCGAGUAGAGGUCUUGGCCCAAGAACACAAAAAUCCACGUUAGCACCGAUAAUGCAUUCGUAAAGAUGCUGAUAUGCAUAAGUAAUAUCAUCUGUCGCCGAUUAAUUGCGGAUUUGUUAAUAAUAUGACAAAAUAAUAGCAUAUAUAUGAGAAGACGGCGGCUGCAUGAUCAUCAUGCACACAUGUACAUAAAUGCAUAUGCAAGGGCAAACGAACAAACCUAUGGUAAGAAUAUGUUAGAUAGUAAAAUAAAUGAAAAGUAAACCAAAUUUCUGCCUCUAUAUACAUAUAUAGCCAUGGACAAUCUCUUUGAUAGAGAUGUAUGUGGAGUUUGAACAUACCACAUAAGAUAUUCGGAGCGGUUAAGGUUGGUGUGAUGGCGCUGUCGCGUAAAUUGUUUAAGGUAGUACACACAGUGCGCACCAUUGAUACAACACAUAAAAAAUGUUGAACACAUAGCCCACAUUGCAUUACUAUAGCAAAACCAUAUAGUUUAAAAAUUGACCAAAUAACUAACUGUCGUAUCCACAAACAAUGAUAAGGAGGAAAGUUCCCUUGAAAGUAAUUUUUUAAAGCGUCAGGCUUAAUAAAUAAAUAAUAUUUUUGGAAUAUAGGACAAUUUUAAUUAUAGUCAGACAAAUUCACAUAAUAGUAAUUAAAAAAAAAAAUAAAAAAUGGACAGUGAGAAUUUAAUGGGAGGGCUAAAGACAAAAGUAAAUAUUAAUUUCAUAAAACUGAAGUGUUUGUACCUUUUCUUUUUCUACUUUUUUGAAUGUAGCGUCUUUCGCUAUUCCUUUUACCAAUAUACUCUAAUAACCUGGAGAAAGUUUGUACACUUUUCUCUUUCGUAUAGCGCGGUGAUUAACUCUUUUUCUAAAAUAUAGAAUUAUAUGGCAACAAAAAUUAAUUCAAUUUUCUUUCUUUCCAAGUUUUUCAAUUU